AUGACUGUUACUGAAAGAGAUGAAGGACCCACCCAUGCCAUAGGGUCAGAAACAGAGCUUAAUGUUCCUAAUGUAAGCUCACAGUCAUCAGAGCAUAUUGAGCAACCUUAUGAGAGUAUCACAAUCGAGGAAUCAGAGAGGAUCCCAAAUGACAACCCUCAAGGAGAGCAUGUGUACAGUAUGAACGACGUAGUAAGUGACUCGUCACGGAUCCCAGCAUGGUGGCACGAGGCAAUUACUGGAAAAGGGCAGCAAUUUGAAAGUGCAAAAGAAGUUAGAAUGGCUCUUAUAUACUACUCUAUAGCUAAGAAGUUCGCUUUCAAAUAUGUUAACAAUGAGCCAAAACGUAUUCGUGCUAGUUGCAUGUUUAGAGAAGAAACAAACUGCCCGUGGUUGUUUUUCGCUUCACCAUUGAGCCAUGUGUCGACAUUUGCUAUAAAGAAAUUUGUUCCUCAACAUACAUGUGGACAACAUAACAGCACAGCUGGUCACUUCAGAGCAUCAAGAAGGUGGAUUGCGAGUAUGCUACAAUCAAUUAUGAAGAGGCGUCCAUAUAUAACCCCAACUGACAUUAGAAAGGAAUUGCACUCUCAAUAUGGAUUAAGAGUUAAUUAUUCUAAAGCUUGGCGUGCUAAAGAGACAGCAAAAGAUGAAAUAUUUGGUUGCGCAAGGCAUUCAUAUGAUUUACUAUCCUGGUACCAGAUGAAGGUGACGGAAACAAAUCCAGACAGUGUCUUCAGCAUUGAACAAGAAGAAAGGAGAUUCAAACGUUUAUUUGUGUCGUAUGGUGCAUGCAUACAGGGGUUUCUCAAGGGAUGUAGGCCGUUGCUCUUUCUAGAUGGGACUUUUCUGAAGGAUCGUUACAAAGGGAUCUUAUUAGGUGCGACCGCUUAUGAUGAACCAUACAAUCCACCCCAUCCCCUUGUAAUUCUGUCAGACGCCGACAAAGGAAUAAAGCAAUCUUUGAAAAAUAUAUUUCCAGAUGCGUACCACUCUAGGUGUGUACUUCAUCUUGUUGAGAAUUAUAAAUUGAAGCUUAGAGAGAUGGGUUUUGCCUCAAGUGCUGCUCAACGUAUUUCAAAAUUAUUGGAGUUUGCUGCAUACAAGUACACGGAAGGAGAAUUUAAUGCUGUUUUGCGUCAGAUUCGAAUGACAGAUCAAAGAGCUUACCAAGUAGCUCUAAGUUAUGGUCCUAGUAAUUGGGCCAAUUCUGUAUUUCCUGGUAUAAGAUAUGGGCAUAUCACUUCCAAUGUCGCUGAAUCUUUCAACAGUUGGAUUCGUGUGGCGCGAACACUUCCCAUUUGCGAUAUGAUGGAUCACAUUCGUGUGCAAAUUAUGGAAAGGAUGAAUACUCGUCGCGAGAUGGCAACAAAAUGGAAUAGCUAUCUUUGUCCUGAAGCGGAAAAAAUCCUCCAAGAAAAUGUCACCAAGGGAAGCACUCUUGAAGUAUCGCAUUCUACAGCUGAAAUCUUCGAGGUAUCAUCACAAAAAUCAGUACAAGUUGAUUUGGGACACAAAACAUGCACGUGUCGUGCAUGGGAUAUAUUGCGAAUACCAUGUAAACAUGCGUGUGCCGCUAUUAACUUCAUGCAUAGAGAUGUGUACCAGUUCUGCGAUUGGUUCAUGACGACUGAAGCUUUCAGGAGAAGUUACGAACCAAUCCUCUUUCCUGUUCCAAAUUACGAUAAGCCAGAUGUCACAGAUGAAACAAUUAGCAUUCUUCCCCCAAAGACGACAAAGAGACGUGGAAGGAACAAGAAUAGGCGUAUCAACAACAGAUCUGAGAGUAGACGUGCAAUUAGAUGCUCAAGAUGUCACGCUGAAGGACAUAACCGAGCCACGUGCACUGAACCUAUCGAAGAUUAA